UGCAACUAAAUUUUCUUUAAUAUUAAUAUUCUGUUUUACAGGAUUUGCACAUUAAAAUAACCGACCUGGAGAGAUUGUACAACAGUAUGAAGGGAGAGAUGGCCAUUCUUCAAGUUGCAGUAUUGGACCUUGGAGACUGCCCAACAGCUCCUGAUCAAAUGCCACAACGACAUGUUCCAGCUGACGGGUCAAAGGGAAGGAAGUACCUGAGAAAGACUAUGCAAACAUAGAAGAAGAUACUGAUGUCAUUCUUGGUGGAAUCGAGCCUGAGAAUACUAGUACUCCGCUGAAUGGAAAAUCUCAAAAGAUAACUAUUAUCAACCUGGACGAAGAAAUGAUAGAACAAUCAGGAAAUGUGAAUUAUACUCGCACCUAUCUUCGUGAAAAGGCAAAAAAAGCAUCCAAAGCUGCUUUGAACUCGUCACCCAAAUGUCACAACUCAAGUGAAAAUGUCUGUUCUGGGCGAAAGAGGGGCAGACCAAAAGGAUCUAAUGGACCUAGAAUAUUAUCAGCUGAAGUUGGUUGUGUACUCUCAGUUGAAUUGAAGUCUAAAUUUCGUCCAACUAAGGAAAUGCAGUUGACACUACAAGAAUGUCAAAUGUCACUUUAUGUAUUUGGCCACGACCUAUACGAAGGGGAAACUCUGUUCAAAAAUAAAAAUACUGAGAUGAGUCGAGCAGAUUUUCAGUGUCUCAUUCUUGGCAAUGAAGUACACUCUAAUAUAUAUGUUCCACUCAUUGACGACAUUUUUCACUGGUUCUUGAUGGUAAUAUCUAUUGACGAGGGAAAGGUGUACAAACUUGAUUCAUAUCCAAACCCAAAGCGAGAUAUUUCCAAAAAAUUCGUCAUGAGAUGA